AUGCUGUCACUGGCCCAGCCCGCUGUCACCGCCCCAGCCCGCUGUCACUGGCCCAGCCCGCUGUCACUGCCCCAGCCCGCUGUCACCGCCCCAGCCCGCUGUCACCGCCCCAGCCCGCUGUCACCGCCCCAGCCCGCUGUCACCGCCCCAGCCCGCUGUCACCGCCCCAGCCCGCUGUCACUGCCCCAGCCCGCUGUCACCGCCCCAGCCCGCUGUCACCGCCCCAGCCCGCUGUCACUGGCCCAGCCCGCUGUCACCGGCCCAGCCCGCUGUCACCGGCCCAGCCCGCUGUCACCGCCCCAGCCCGCUGUCACUGGCCCAGCCCGCUGUCACCGGCCCAGCCCGCUGUCACCGCCCCAGCCCGCUGUCACUGGCCCAGCCCGCUGUCACCGGCCCAGCCCGCUGUCACCGCCCCAGCCCGCUGUCACCGGCCCAGCCCGCUGUCACCGCCCCAGCCCGCUGUCACUGGCCCAGCCCGCUGUCACUGGCCCAGCCCGCUGUCACUGGCCCAGCCCGCAGUCACUGGCCCAGCCCGCUGUCACUGGCCCAGCCCGCUGUCACUGGCCCAGCCCGCUGUCACUGGCCCAGCCCGCUGUCACCGCCCCAGCCCGCUGUCACCGCCCCAGCCCGCUGUCACUGGCCCAGCCCGCUGUCACCGCCCCAGCCCGCUGUCACCGCCCCAGCCCGCUGUCACCGCCCCAGCCCGCUGUCACUGGCCCAGCCCGCUGUCACUGGCCCAGCCCGCUGUCACUGGCCCAGCCCGCUGUCACUGGCCCAGCCCGCUGUCACCGCCCCAGCCCGCUGUCACCGCCCCAGCCCGCUGUCACCGCCCCAGCUCCCGCGCUAUGGAAAACAAGAAAACAUCGAAACGGAACCCACAUAUAA